UCGCAAUACGGCCUUAAAGUAUCGCUGUUGAAAGGCGCGAGUGCUAGAAUAGGCGAUGCGAGUCUUUUGAAGCUUCGCGAGUCUGUGAGUGUUGAAGACUUACGGUCUUGGUGGUGACAGUUUAUGUAAAAAAUGGGCUCUAUGGGUCUUAUCCGACGAUGGACCACAAUCCAGCCGUCAAUCGCUCCUCGACCGCAACAGCUGACGUCCUGAUGAAAGAACUCAAUCUCCCCCAGCCAGCCCCGAUUGACAGACUCGUUCAAACAAUUCCAGAAGAAAUCCCAAAAGCCCACCGGUUCGUAGCCGAGAUGGAAGGGCUGACAGAAUUCGUGGGAGGCGGGGAAGCGGAUGUGUUUCAUGGGUUUGCGAUGGUGUUUGAGAGUGUGUCAGGGUCGGAUCUAUGGGGUAGAUAUCGAGAUGCUGAGGAGGGUCGUAGAGAAGGCUUUGAGGUUGCAGGAGACGUCAAAAUAGGCGUCGAGUUUAUAUCUGAUAUUUCCCCAGUUCGGUAGAGGUCAAGGGAACACAAGUUCGAGUGGCGGCGUGCUUGAAGAUUUCAAAUAACUACAAGGGCUCGUCAAUCAAGCAAAGACUUUGCAAAGCUUAAGACGUGUUCCGAAGUUUGU